UCCCAGGCCGCAGUCGGCCCUGUCAGGGUCACCACAGCGCAGCGCUGCUUGCCCAGAGACGCGCCAGGAAGCACCCGCGGCUACCCGGCUGGCUGCUCAGCUGGUGGCUGGGGAGAAGUUAGUCACCCAUAGCCCGAAGUCAGCAAGUGUUGGAGCUUGCACAAACUAGAUGAGAAGGUUGGAAAUGAGCUACCGAGACCGGCUGGAGGGAGCCAGGGAAAAGAGAGCAGGACUUGGGAAUGCACCGGCGGCUGGAAGCCCUAGCCAGUGGCUGGAGUUGCCAGGUCUGCAAAGCCAGAGCGCACCAGCUCGCAAAAGGAGGCAAGAACUUCAUACCCCCACAGCAAGGGGAAGGAGGCAGGGAAAGACUUUGAAAACAGCAAAACACCCCUUCAGGAGAUGAGGUAAGCCGAGGUUAGCCAACCCCGAUUGGUUGUGAAAUAUCACACGGACCCGGAGUUGCUUCGGCUUUAAAUGAGGCCAAGGAAAUUUCCUGUUUUCCUGCCCAAAUUCUUUUUGUCUCUUUCUCUACCUAGCUUCCUCCUUUGUCCCUCCUUCCACCUUGCCAGGUCCUGAUCCCUUCCUCCUUCCCGGUCUCCCUUUCCUCGAUCACCCUCCUCCCUCUCCCUGCGCCCUCCCCCAUCGGAUUAGGCGCGGACCGGGAAGGGUGGGAGUGGUGGGGGAGGCUCUCCCUUUAAGAGGCAGCGUGCAGUGACGAAUUGUUGAAAUUGCCAUUGCAGGAUGGCACGCCGCUAUAAAUUCAUUGUCCCACCUCCUCGCAUCUUCACAGUGCUGGAGCCGCUCUCUGCGCCCGCCGCAGCCGACUGGGGAUGACCACGGGCGGGAGGACGCGGUAGCGGAAGGGUCCCGGACGCGCCGCCUCGCUGGCUCGCCGCAGGCCGCCUCUUGCCUUUUGAUUUUAAACAUUUUAGGGCUUUUUUUUUUCCUUUUUUUUUUUCUUUUCCAUCUCUUUUCCUCUUGCCUUCGGGUUCCAGCAGAGCCGAGGAAGCCCACGGAAUAAGAAAGGAAGUGGGUCGGAGCUUGGCGGCUCCGCAGUCGGCGAGCCCUAGGCUUCGAGGGGACGGGAGUCAACGCGCACCAGUUGCGGGCAGGGAGCGCGGUCACCCUCCUUACUAUCUUUUCUCAUUUGUUUUGAUGGUUUGUGCAACGAUCUUGUCUGCAUUGGGCUUCUUUCCUUUUUCAUAUUUGGUAGCUCUCCACCGCCUGGCUUUUGCCUUUUGCUCCUCCUCCCCUCCCCCCUUUUUAUUUUUUCUCUCUCGGUCUCUUGGAGCACAAUUCCAAACAUUUUCCAAACCAACAAAGAAAAAGUUCGCACGCUGGCACCGCGGCCAGGGCAGGCUGGUGGUCUGCUGCGGGUUGCCUCUACCCUCCUCCCCUAGACACUUGACUCAGCCUUGCAAGCAAGUGUGUAGAGAGUGUGUGGGUAGGUGGGUGGGAGGGUGAGUCCCCCACCCCUGCCCCUGAAACUUCCAUAGCAAAUAGCAAACAUCCAGCUAGACUCAAUCGCGCAGCCCCUCCCGGCGGGCAGCGCACUAUGCGGCUCGAGUGGGCGUCCCUGCUGCUGCUGCUGCUGCUGCUGUGCGCCUCCUGCCUGUCCCUGACCGCUGACAGCCCCACCAGGGCACCUGCCCAGGAUAAAACAAGGCAGCCUCCGGCUGCUGCAGCAGCCGCCCAGCCCGGCCAGCGGCAGGGGGAGGAGAUGCAGGAGCUGGAGCAUCCGAACCUCCUGGCCAAGCAGCUCAGGAGCAGCGGGCUGGUGCAGAAUAUAGACCAGCUCUACUCAGGCGGUGGCAAGGUGGGCUACCUUGUCUACUUGGGCGGCCGGAGGUUCCUGCUGGAUCUGGAGAGGGAUGACUCAGUGGGCACCGCUGGUGGCAUCCUUACUGCAGGAGGCGGGCUGAGUGCAUCAUCUAGCCACCAGGGUCACUGCUUCUACCGGGGCACCGUGGAUGGCAGCCCUAGAUCCCUAGCUGUCUUUGACCUCUGUGGGGGUCUCGACGGCUUCUUCGCGGUCAAGCACGCACGCUACACUCUGAAGCCGCUCCUGCGUGGGUCCUGGGCAGAGGCAGAGGCCGGACGAGUGUACGGGGAUGGGUCUUCGCGCGUCCUGCACAUCUACACCCGCGAGGGCUUCAGCUUCGAAGCCCUGCCGCCACGCGCCAGCUGUGAGACUCCCGCGUCCCCGCCUAGGCCUCAAGAGCGCCCCUCAGUGCACAGUAGUUCCAGGCGACGCGCAGCUCUGACCCCUCAGCUCCUAGACCGGUCAGCCUUCUCACCAGCUGGGGAUGCCGGACCUCAGACCUGGUGGAGGCGGAGGCGCCGCUCCAUCUCUAGGGCCCGCCAGGUGGAGCUCCUAUUGGUGGCUGACUCCUCCAUGGCAAGGAUGUAUGGCAGGGGCCUGCAGCAUUACCUGCUGACCCUAGCCUCCAUCGCCAACCGUCUAUACAGUCACGCUAGCAUCGAGAACCACAUCCGCCUGGCCGUGGUGAAGGUGGUGGUGCUGGCUGACAAGGAGAAGAGUCUGGAGGUGAGCAAGAAUGCCGCCACGACCCUCAAGAACUUUUGCAAGUGGCAGCACCAACACAACCAGCUAGGCGAUGACCACGAGGAGCACUAUGAUGCAGCCAUCCUGUUCACCCGAGAGGAUUUAUGUGGGCAUCAUUCAUGUGACACCCUGGGAAUGGCAGACGUUGGGACCAUAUGUUCUCCGGAGCGCAGCUGUGCUGUGAUUGAAGACGAUGGCCUCCACGCAGCUUUCACUGUGGCUCAUGAAAUUGGACAUCUACUUGGCCUCUCCCAUGACGAUUCCAAAUUCUGUGAAGAGAAUUUUGGUUCCACAGAGGACAAACGUCUAAUGUCUUCAAUCCUUACCAGCAUCGAUGCAUCCAAGCCAUGGUCGAAAUGCACUUCAGCCACCAUCACGGAAUUCCUGGAUGAUGGUCACGGUAACUGCUUGCUAGACCUACCACGAAAACAGAUUCUGGGUCCUGAGGAACUCCCGGGACAGACCUACGAUGCCACCCAGCAGUGCAACUUGACGUUUGGGCCUGAAUACACUGUGUGUCCUGGCAUGGAUGUCUGUGCCCGGCUGUGGUGUGCUGUGGUGCGUCAAGGCCAAAUGGUGUGUCUGACCAAGAAGCUGCCUGCUGUGGAGGGGACGCCCUGUGGGAAGGGCAGAAUCUGCCUGCAGGGCAAAUGUGUGGACAAAACUAAGAAAAAAUAUUACUCAACAUCAAGCCAUGGAAACUGGGGAUCCUGGGGCCCCUGGGGCCAGUGUUCUCGCUCAUGUGGGGGAGGAGUGCAGUUUGCCUACCGCCAUUGCAAUAACCCUGCGCCUCGAAACAGUGGCCGCUACUGCACAGGAAAGAGGGCCAUAUACCGCUCCUGCAGUGUUACGCCUUGUCCACCUAAUGGUAAAUCUUUUCGUCAUGAACAGUGUGAGGCCAAAAAUGGAUAUCAGUCUGAUGCAAAAGGAGUCAAAACAUUUGUGGAAUGGGUUCCCAAAUAUGCAGGUGUCCUGCCAGGAGACGUGUGCAAGCUUACCUGUAGAGCCAAGGGCACUGGUUACUAUGUGGUCUUUUCUCCAAAGGUGACAGAUGGGACUGAAUGUCGGCCGUACAGCAACUCUGUGUGUGUCCGAGGAAGGUGCGUGAGAACUGGCUGUGACGGCAUCAUUGGCUCAAAGCUGCAGUAUGACAAGUGUGGAGUGUGUGGAGGGGACAAUUCCAGUUGUACGAAGGUUAUUGGAACCUUCAAUAAAAAAAGUAAGGGUUACACAGAUGUUGUGAGGAUCCCUGAAGGAGCAACUCACAUAAAAGUCCGACAAUUCAAAGCCAAAGACCAGACUCGGUUCACUGCCUAUUUAGCCCUAAAGAAGAAGAAUGGUGAGUACCUUAUCAAUGGCAAGUACAUGAUCUCCACUUCAGAGACUAUCAUCGACAUCAAUGGCACAGUCAUGAACUACAGUGGGUGGAGCCACAGAGAUGAUUUUUUGCAUGGGAUGGGCUAUUCAGCCACAAAAGAAAUUCUGAUUGUACAGAUUCUUGCAACAGACCCAACGAAAGCACUAGAUGUCCGCUACAGCUUUUUUGUUCCCAAGAAGUCCACUCAAAAAGGAAACUCAGUCAUUAGCCAUGGCAGCAACAAAGUGGGACCACACGCUCCACAGCUACAGUGGGUGACAGGCCCAUGGCUGGCCUGCUCUAGAACCUGUGACACAGGCUGGCACACCAGGACGGUGCAGUGCCAAGAUGGAAACCGGAAAAUAGCGAAGGGAUGCCUUCUCUCUCAGAGGCCUUCUGCAUUUAAGCAAUGUUUGCUGAAGAAAUGUUAGCCUGUGGUUUGUUCUCAUGCACAAAGAUAACUGGAAGAUCAUCUCAGAUGUCAUUGUGGUGAAGACAAGUCCUAACCAAGGCACAGAAAGUGGUGCGUCAGUGUCGUGGUCACUAGGAGUCGAAUUAUGGGCAGAAUCUGCUCUCUGCGACCAAAACAUGUACACUACUUCACGUCAUGAUGGUGCACUUGGAAUACAGAAAGCGUGGGAGUUUUGGAACAUCCUUGGGCCUACACAAAAGGAGACACGCAAUGAUGAAUGUAGAAUCGAGGACAGUUGAAGAUGGCAGAGUAGUUUUGUCACCUACCUCUUAUAGAAUGUCUUCAAAGGCAUUGUGAUCAUGUUCAGCCAUGACACACAACUUAUUUUUACUGUUUGUAAAUGCAUCCACCUUGGAAUGUCACUUUAUAUCCUUGGUCCUAUUGAUAUAUCUAUAUGUAUAUUUCAAUAAGAAAGUAUUUGACCAAAGUAGGUCUGCAGCUAUUUCAACUACCAGCUUCCAGAAAGAGCUGUGGAAGAUUUACUGGAAAUUAAGAACUUGCUGCUGUUAAACAAGAUUUUUGUGUUUUGUCUGACUGUAGGAGAUAAUGUUUUAGUCAAAAAACAUUUUGACAGCAAGCAUCUUCUGAGAAAUUCUAAAAGGGGAAAGGAUCUGUGUGUGUCUGGUCAUUUAAACACAUCCUCAGGUCCAUGUACUCUAACCUUUGACUGUCUGUAUUUUUUUCAGGCAGCCAGCCAAAUUAUUGUAUCAUUGUGGUGUAGAAAUUGUGUUUUCCUGUGUAUAUGUGAUCAAUAUCCAAGGGUCUUAAACAUUAGUUUGCUUGUAUUGGAAUUUAAAAGAAAAGAUAUGUCACUGUGUUUUCAAUUUAUAGUCUCACAACAGCUUACUUUCUGUGGCUCCCAGCUAAUAUUUCACAAUGUGUAGUAAACAUAAAGAACACACAGCAUCAAGUUAUCUGUCACAUCCAGCACCUUCAGUACCAGCAUACCUCUUCUCAGCCAGCCUUCAAAAUGUGUUUGUGUUUGCUUGUUUGUUUUUCCCAAGAGUUGGAAAAGACUUAUAUUCUGUAUUGACUGGGUCUAACAGUAAUAUUAAAAUCACUUCAUGUUUAGCCUCAUCUAAAAGGAACAAUCAGUAUUAAUUCAAUUAAUUCAAUAAAUCAAACUCAUUAGCAUUAAUAAGACUGUUUCCACAUCAUAGGCAAUCAUCUCAUAAUUAAAAAAAUAAGUAUAUACCUACUGUAUUAGAGAAUUUUCCCAAUUGCAAAGUGUUUGACUAUACCAGUGAAUGUAUAAAUAAUGAAAUUUAAGGGUUUUCAGGAAGUCUCUUGCCUGUGCAGGAAGGUUGCAUAUUAAAAAUAUUUAAUAAUCAUAAACAGAAAAUAUUCUUUAGACUAUACACUGCAUAAUCCCCUUGGAUAACUCAAAUAAUAUAGCGUGUUUUAUUCCACUGAGAAUUUUUUUCAUUUGUGAAAUACUGCAAAACAAAUUGUUUUAUGUAAAUUUUAUAGUGAUCAUACCAAAUGUGCCUACUGUUAAAGAUUUGCAUAUAAGGAUUUUAGGAAAUCCUGACUGGAAUUCCACUAAAUGUAUGAGAGUUUAUUUUAUUAUAGGAUAUUUUAAUAUAAAAAAUUAUGUAAUUGAUGACUCUAUGUCACCUUUAUUUCAGCAGACCAGAAAAAAAAGAAAUAAAUUAUACUGUCUUUUUUUUUAAGAAAUUAUUUUGUGAAAUAGAUCAAUUCUCUUCCAAACCAAUCAUCAUCCUUCAAAAUCUCAAAGCCUGGUCUCUUUAAAUAAAGAAAUUCAACAUAUAUCAAACUGGUGGCCAAUAUUGAUUGGAGGUCUCCAAAUAUAGAGCAGGAAAUCAAUCCAGUCAAACUCAUCAGAAAACAAAAGUGUUAAAGAUCACGUUGAUUAUUUAACUUUACAAAUAGAGAAUAAUAGUUUAAUGUAACUUUUUCCAGUUUUGAAAAUAAUACAAACCAAAUAAUAGAUCAAAUGUGACAAAAUUCAUAUUUUUAUCUUUUGUGGUUAUUUUUAAAAUAAAAUAAGGCAUAAACAUAAUUGUCACCUACUCUGCUUCCCCAUAUGACCUUCAUAGAUUUUAAUAAGAUUUUUCAGUGGUUUGCUUUUCCCUACAAUAAUGAAGUUUUACUCUUCAACAUUGGAAUAGUUCCAGCAAGGAGAGAACGAUCGAACUACUAUUCUCUGUCUGAAGGUAUUCUCUCUCCAUUUUAAAGUGAGAAUCCUGCAUGGACAGGGGAAUGUACAUAAAACUCCUAAGGAAAGAGACACAGCAAACUGAGAUUCAGAAAAGGGGAGCUGUCAGAGAAGGAAAGGGUGAUGGGUGAUGGAGGGAAACCCAUAUUCUGUCCAGUUUGAUUAUGUACCAUGUCUUCCAUCUUCCCACUGUGUAUCUUGAAUUGUUUAAAGACCUUGAAUUUAGGGUGAUGAAUAAAUAUGGGGGGAAGGCAAUGCUCAGGUUACAAAACUCAUAACCUCACUUGCAUAAAAAUCACUCCAGAAUAAGUUUCAUUAAGUGCAAGAGAGCCCAGAAUGAAAGAGUGUCUGGUCAUUUUUCAACAGAAAAGGCCGUGUUAGCCCUCCCUGUUGCUUAGAAGCAUAAGAGCAUUGUUAUAAUUAUUUAACAGAUUCAGCAUCCAUUGCCUUCCUGUGGAAACAGUUUUAAACUAAGAAUUGAGGGAUGAAUCACAAAUGAACAAAAAAAGUUGCAGCACUGAAAAAAUAAAUAAUUUAUUGUUUUUGCAACUGCUAUGUGAAUUUCUGUGAUGAAAUUAUUUAUUCUUAUUUAACAAAAAUUAUGUGCAAAUUCUUCUAUAUUUAAAAUGUUUUGCUAUUGUCCUAUUUUUUAAUUUAUGCUUCUUGUUUGUGUAUAAAGUGCACUUUGUGAGUUUAUAUAAUAUACAGUACUGGUGGCUUUUGUAUUGUUUUUUUACAGUAAUCUUUCUGUGUGAAGCAAGUGUAUGUGUGCAUAUUCCUCAUGUGUUUUUAAUCUGCCACUUUCUUAAAUUUAGUCUUUCAUG